AGUGAUGCGGUGUGGGUAAACUCAAUUUCGUGCUCACUCCAAUGGUGACUCGACUCACCUCAUUUCUUGCCAGGAAAACUUCGGGAUUUACUGCUAUUAUUUUCGUGAAAGGGGAGGAAGUCUUGACUGGGAGCAUUAAUCAGACUCUGUUUUGUGUGAUUUGAGUGAAAUUUUCACCCAAAAUGUCGCUCGAAAGGACAGAACGUAAAGGUUCUCAGGUAGUGCAUGUGCGGGACGGAAGCGAUCAAGCAUUCGAGGAAUUGUUCAAAGUUGUGAUAAACCCUCCAGAAGAUCCCACAAAACCAUCGCCAGUCCCUCUUCGGAUGAGAAACUUGCCCGCUUCUUUCUUCAAACAACCAGAUAGUCAGAAGAAUAUUGUCGAUGGAGACAUUUCAGGGUACCCGUCCCCUCCGAACUCAGUCGCAGGAAUGGCUGUAGCUCACAGUCGGGCCCAUUCCUCCCCUGCAAGUUUGCAGCAGACGCUUAGCGCGGCUCCACCUCUACCCCCUCAACACAUGCGACAGCACAGUUACGACCUAGUGACAGAAGAUCAACCCCUACCCCCUGGCUGGGACAUUGCUAAAACAUCGAUCGGACAAAGGUACUUUUUGAACCAUUUGUCUCAGACUACUACAUGGCAAGACCCACGCAAAUCUGUCAGCACCAACAACCUCAACAAGCAGCAACAGCAACAGCAGCAGCAGUCGGGUCAGCCUCCCCAGCCACCGGGCAGCCCCUCGCAGUCACAACAAGCCAUAGAUAGCACCCCACUCCCCCAAGGCUGGGAGAGGGCGUAUACAGCAGAGGGAGAGGUCUACUACAUCAACCACCUCAGCCGCACAACGAGCUGGUUUCAUCCAAAUAUACCAGCGGCACAUCUACAACGUCCGGGGAUGAGGUUACAGCAACAAAUGGGCGGCAAUCGUCCACCGUCUCAGCCGAUGUCACCUGGCCAGCGACCGAUGACACCAGAGGAACAGCAGCGUCAGAUGAAGCUACAUCAUCUACAACGCGAGAAGGAGAGGUUGAAGCAGAGACAGGACGAGAUUGCUCGUCAGGAAAUGUUGAUCCGUGCCAACCUCGCUGGAAACCCUGAGGCUCAACAGCAGCAGAUACAGUCGCAGACACCAAAACUGGUGCAAUCAAAUGAGAUGACAUCGGUCACUGACCCUUUCCUCGGCCAGACGGGGACGUCGGACCUUCACUCCCGACAAGAAAGUGCUGACAGUGGCCUUGGUGGGAUGGGCACAAACUACAGCCUACCUAGAACUCCUGAAGAUUUCCUGAGCAUGGAAGAUAUGGACACACAAGAUGGGGGCCCUAAACUGUCUGGACAGGGAGACUUUGGCAGUAUAGAUAUGACCCCAAUGGGCAGUGUAGACGGCAGCAGCGAUGCCACAAACAUGGACAGCGAUGACUUGGUGCCGAGUUUACAGGAGGACAUCAGCAAUGACCUUUUGAAGGAUGUUGAAACUGUGCUAAGCUCGAACAAAAUGGAUAAUUUGUUAACAUGGUUGUGAAAUGUGACCAGAUGGACAUGGUGUUGCCAUGACAACUGAGCAAACCAGACAGUUCAAGGUUAAUGUCUGGUUUUUGUGGAAAAGGAACUUCAUCGGAGCAGUGCUGUUUGAUUUUCAUGGAUUCCAUAAUGUCUGAGAAGUGACAUUUAUACAAAAUGUAGUUUUAUAAAAUAUUAAGACAUGUAUUUUCAAAAAAUUUAAUAUCAGGGAAAAGCUCAAAGUACUAGUUUCGUAGUUUAUUUUGUAUUUUCAAUGGAAAAAUACAAAAAAAUAAAAUAUUAAUUUUGUAAUAAGAUCUGGAGAAAUAUCAAUAUUAAUGACUACUAUUCCAAUCCCAAGAAUCUAUAUUUUCAGGGCAAAGGGAGACAACUGGGGUUGGGUAGAGGGAGGGAAUCACUUUCAGCCUUCAUAUAUUAUCACCGAAUAUUUAUAGUAGAAUAGCCAUCUGCAUAGGAAUCCCAUCUAAUGUGAUGCCAUCAUAAUGCAGCACUUUGCAUUGUGAUGUCAUCGUGAUGUCACAAUAUUUAGUGUAAUGUCAUCAUGUCACCUAUUGCAUUGUGAUGUCAUCAUGUCACAAUUUUGGUUGUGAUGUUGUCAUGUCACAUUCUGCAUUAUGAUGUCAUCAUGAUGUCACACAUGGCAUUGUGAUGUCAUGAUGUCUGAAAGAUGGCAUUGUGAUGUAAUCAUUACUUCAUGUAUUUGAAAGGUUUUAAUCAUGUACUGGUGUGCAGGCACAAUCAUGCAUGAAGUAUUAGUGUUCCCAGGCCUCAAUAUACGUAUUUAAGUACGAGGUAUGAUUUGCUGUUUUUUUUAUUCAAGGCCUGCCUGCCUUUUGCAAGUGACUUUUUGUGAGAUUUUAUAUUAGGUUCCAUUGUUAACAGUGUCAUUUACAUUUACAUAAUGUUUUUACCCCUGAGGAGCUUGUGAACUUGGCUUGACUCCACCCUCCCUCCUGUGUAUAUCCCCCCUCCCCUAGUGUUAUGAUUGGACCAUCUUUCACUCUAGUGGAAGAUCAUAGCUUAGCAAGCAUUGGUAGUUCCCUAAACAUGGAUGUACAUUAUCAAUGGAAAAUUCCAACAUUUUACUAUGCAAUAUUUUAGAUAAUUGGUAUUUAUUAUUACUUAGACUGGAUUGAUCAGUGUAUUAUUGUGUAAAGACAAAAAUAUGGAGUGCUGUACUGUCUUUUUGCCUUAUAAGUAUUGAAGAAGUGGUACUGCUGCCGGAGACUGGGAGCUAGCUCAGAGGGGUGGGUUCGGCCCCUGGCAUGUUUAAACCACCUCCUAGUGGUUUGUGUUUGUGGUCAAUAUGAGAGAACCUUGUUGUUGUUACGUAGUGUCGAGUUGUGAGACUACGACCGUCCUGUAAGCAAGCAGUAAUUUGCUGACAUAGCACCGUAUCUGCUGCAUGACCUUGACCUUGUCAGGGCACAAGUGUGACCUUGACUUUGGUAGUGGUUGUUAUAUAUUGUCCAAGUAACAUGAGGCACAUGUGACCUUCACCUUGUCACGACUCGGUUGUGACCUUGACAUUGUCAAGGCACCAAGAGCAUACUCUCCCAUAAUGCAGUGCUGCAAAGAAAGCAGCUCAAGUCUUCCCCUCAGUAUAAGCGAUGAAACUGAAGGCGCCCCAAGUGCUGUACGUAAAGCCUUCAUAAAUAACUGCAUGGGGGGCAAGCAAGCACCUGUCCUAUGUAUAUUCUUCUAGAAAUGUGUCGACGUGGGAUUGAAGAUGCAAGUAAUUGUGAUGUCGUGUUCCUAGUGUAAUGAAAUUUAUUCAAGUGUUAAGAGUUUCUAUUUUCGUACUGUCAUGCAAUACUGCCGUGUUGCCUUCUGUCUCCGGAGACAAAUUAUUUUUUUGUGAACAUGAAUUUUUUAUCACAAUGUUCGAUACUUUCAUCAUUUGAAACGUUUUAAGCAAUGCGUUACAUAUACAUUCCAGAUUCGUCAUCACCAGUACUCAAACAAUUGCUUUGUACUUUCUGACAAAAUGCAAACUGUAACGAUUCCGUUCUACACAUGACAGAAAACCAAACGUUUAUUUUCAAGUUAUGCAAAUGCUUUUUUGUUACUGUUACCAUGGUUACUGUUAAACACCACUUUCUGCAUUAGUUCAAUAUUAUUGCUGAUGAUGCAUUGUGGGUAAGAGCCCACUGUAGCCUUUACGUGUAUUGAUGAUAUUACCUAUAUAACUAAUAUUUACUUAAACUGUUGUUACUCUUUUUACAUAUUAGAUUGAUUUUAAUGUGUUGAUCAUAAAAUAUGCAAAAAAUACCCUAGUGCAUUAUGCCCGUACUGAUAUAUUGACUUAAUACAAAUAUGCAUGCUAUCUUCAACAAGAGUCGAUGUGGUUUAGCUGCAUGUCCGUAACGAGCCAUCCCAGAUGGUUGGAAGUGCUGUUGUAAUCGAAAUGCUGCCUUCAGUGUCAGAAACACAAGCUUUUUCUUUGACCCACUUUUUUAGAGAGGUAGCUCGUCGGGGCCAAAACGUCCACAAUUUACUGUGUUGACUUAGUAGAAAGAACUUGUCUCGUCCUUCACUAAUUUCGCAAAGUUCAAUCUCGCCUUAAGUUAAACCUGUAUAGACAGUAGACUGUUACCUUGUCUUCCAUAAGGAAGUAGUUGUUUAGUCUUCACCCAGACGAGCUAACCAUGUUGUGUUAAAAAGUAAAUCACCAAAAAUAUAUUUUUAAAAAUUUAUAAAUUCAUAUUUUCUAUUUGUUGCCAGAGAAACAGCUCCUGCAUUUAUUGACUUAAAUGGCAUGAUUUAUCCAAGCAUUGAACUUUAUCCUUUGAUACCCAAUGCAGCAUUAUCUACCUGUAUAUCGUCACCUAGGCAACAGUAGUAAUUGUUUCCCGACACUGAAGUAACAGCAGAAGGAAUCUGUCCAGUACAUCACUGACAGGGUAACAUACUGCAGCACCCCAAAACCUGAAGUGGGCAUCACCUUCUCAAAGAGAUGGACAGGCUCAUUUAGGCUGAGAGGGGUGUCAGGGUCUUUUGUUUGCUGUUAUUUUCGGAAGUAAGCAUCCUCCACUAAUCUAUCAUUGUUCAUUUUGGCAUAUUUGUUCUUCCAUUGUUUAUUUUAUUUUUUUUACUAUACCUUGAGAUACGAAAUACCUUCCAAGGUUACAAGUAUUUUAAGUCAGUUGAAGUGUAAAUAGUUUUGUUAAUUGUACAUAGAUCUCAGUGACUGAAAUAAGGAAAAAACAUCACAAAAUUCAUAGCCCAAAAAUAAUCAUGAAAAUUUUAUCAUUGUCUAAUCAGUUGUAACCCAGUAUCGGGUACAAAAAAUAAAAUGAAAUAAAAAUAUUAAAACUG